UUUUGAAAUUUGCUGGCUAGCGAGCUAGCUGCUAGCAUACACCUCGGAUGUAUAAUAAUAAGUAGUAUUUUCCCCCUUAACAUGGCGUCGUAUCAUCAUUUAUUACAACACGGAAAACCGCGGUCUGAAUCUCCUGCUAAGGUGUUUGCUAAGCUAAAAUCCAAAGUACAGAGAGAGGGGAUGUGCGCGAACGAGAGGAUUGGUACGAGCAGGGAUCCGCAGUGUAACGUUGGAGAGAAACACGGAGCAGAUUUUAAGUCGCACAUGAGGAAAACAGAGAACACCUGGAUGACCCGUGAGUUCAAGGAGAAUCAGAGGCCCGGUUCAUGUCGCAAUGAAGCGCUGGCCUUGACCCUUUCGCCCAUAUCAAGUCCUCAGAAAACCUACGGGUACUCAGACAUCAAUAACAAACCCGUGGAGGAAAUGCCCCCUUUGGCUGAAAUAGGACAUGGAUGCACACCAAGAAGGGGAGCCUUCCUGGAGUCGACGGCUGUGCCUCAGCCCCUCUCUCCGGUCAGCAGAAAGCAGAUCCACACAGAACCACUUCAGAUCGGAGACUUGGAUGGUUUCGUUGUGACCAGCAGAACUCCAGUAAAGAUACAGCCAGUAGAAAAUGACUGUGUGAGGAGUGUGUUUGAGGAGGAGGGUGCCCCUCUUAUGUGCUCAGCCUAUAAGUUCUCCCCCAUGAGGAAGAGGUUGAGGAAGAGAAAAUUGGAGCCAUGGGGGUUCAGUAACAUCAGCAGCAACACAGAGGAGAUCAGCAGUGAAGCCUCAAGUCAGCAACAGGGAAGGAAAACUUCCAGUGAGGAUGACACCCACAACUACACUUGCAUAGAUAAUCUGGGUCAUGUUAGAAGAUUCUCCGCUGGCCGUUCAGAGAUGAGCCACUUCCCCCACGAAGCCGUAUUCCCACCACCGAGGCCCACCGCAAAGAAACGUUGCAAUUUUUUUACGGAAAAAGUCCCUCCGAUGUCUCCAGCCAAGAUGUUUGCUUACAUGAAGGAAAGGGAAGGCAAAACAGAGCAGCAAGAAGUUCCUAAUGUCAGCAGCAGCAUGAGGCAUCUCUUUAGUGGGGGUAGUUCCCAUCCAACCAGAGAUGCACCUGCCUCCAACACUCACAAUGUGGGUGAGAUGCAGGAUGGUGCCUUUACAGAUGUUCCAGAAAGUGUGGCUUCUGUCAACCGGUCCAGAGCAGAUUUAGCUGACAACCAAUCAGCUACAGACUCCUCUGAGGAUGUUCUGAUCCCUGCUGUGCCAUCACACCCUGUUUUGCUGGAGGACCCGCUCAUACUGAAUUCGCCGCGGAUCUCCAUACCGCAGAAAAACGAGGCUGUGUUCAAACGCAACAAAUGGUCCCAAGCCACAGAAUUCCCAAGUGAGAGUGUGAUUUAUCUCAAAAAGUGGUUUCUGAGGAGGAAUCAUAAGGGCCUGUUUGUUGAUGGAAUCCACUGGGAGGACAACAUACCAUGGAACAGCAACAUCAUUGUGGACAGGGUGUCGAGUUCUGUGCUGAGGAGCAUCUCCGGCAGGGUUUACAUCCUGGUCGGCAAGAUGAACUUGGGUGUUGACUCUGUGUUUCCGAAGUGGCUGUUGAAGAAUUUUGUUAAUGGUUUUCCUUCAGACUGGAAGGCACUUUAUGAGAAGUUUCUGUCAAACUCAACAAACGACACCAGCAGAGAAACAGAGAGGAACAGUGAAAGGAGAGGCAUCAUGGCAAAGACUAAACCUGAGGCAUCCUCCAUCAACUGUUCUGUGAAGCAACAACGGCAAAAGCCUUUAAAGACAUCUGAUUCCUGUCCUCCUGCCUCCUCGUCUUGUACAAAAACGUCUCGGAGCGGUCGCGUCAUCAAGCCGCCUCUGGAGUACUGGAAAGGAGGGCGAGUCAUUCUGGAUGCAGACAUGAAUGUUACCAUCCACGAAUGUUACAAUACCUCCAUCUGCAACCCUGAGAUCACUACAACAGUGUCUGCGAGGGUGUCACAGAAACUUGCCCAUGCAUUCCUGCCCUGCAGCAGAGGCCGUAAGCAAUGUGAAUCAUCCAGCAACGAAGAGGCAUCGGUACCACUGAGGAGGGUCAAGGCUCCACUCCGCAAAAGCAACAGAGCCAAGGUUAACCCUGGCAAGAAGGCCUCUUACUCACCUGAACCCCCUGUGGAGACACUUAGCACACCUGAAGAGAGGCCUGGCAGAAGGACGAGGUCCAGGCAAAGGUAUUCAGCGGAAGAGAGCAAGCCUGAAAAGUCUUCAACACAGUCAAAAAAACAGCCACAAGACACCACAAGGCGUUCAGCGAGCACCUUGCGGCGCAAACGGACCGUCCCUGUAUCGCCAGAAUCUGCAACCGUUAAUGAUGAAACAUCACAGGAUCAGUCACCAAGUGCUGACCUUCCCAUCAGGAGGAAGACGCGAGGGAAGGGAGUGCACAGGAAGGGAGGCGAGAAGUCACAGCCAAGCCACACGUUUCUGCCAAGCAAGUCGUCAGAGUCCUCUGAGGAGAGCGGGACGGAACCGAGGAAGAGAACCAGAGUGAGAAAAAAUGGACAUGCUGCACAAACACAAACAAAACAGAGCAAAUGCACCAAUGCAUCACGAGCUGCAAAGCCCCAGUCGACACAGUCCAGCAGGAAACACGGGGAAGACAAAAACAACACAUUGAUUCCACAAGAACAAGAUGAAUACAAGUGGACCGAGGCAGAGCUCAUGAAGCUACAAGAGGCUGUGUCCUUGUAUCCUAAACACAUGGCAGGCUACUGGGCAAAGGUGGCGAGGCUCGUUGGAACACGCUCUGCAGAGGAGUGCCACAAUCAGUACACAUCCCAGGGAACCUCAAAGACCCCAGCCAAGAAAGCCAGGAAACCCAAAAAGAAAAAGAUCGAAGCACCAAAAGACCCAGUUGUUACAGAUCACCCUGUGAUUUCUGCCCGAGCGGGGACCUUGAAGCGGAAGCAGCAAGUGCGUCAGUUCCUGGAGAACAUGCCCAGAGAAGACGUCGAUGACGUUUUCAGCUCUGCGUUCAUGCAGAAUAAACGGUUUGAGAUGCCCUCCAUGUGUCCAAGUGAUGAGCAUGACUUCACGUUGUCAGACCUGGAGCCCAUGACCCCCAUGUCGACAGGUUUCCCCGAAGUAAAGACUCCACAGUGUCUGCAUAUCACUCCCGGCAUGAUGGGCUCUCCCAACAGGAGCAAUGACGACAAGUAUGUCUUUCAACUCCAGAAGAGGAUGAAAAAACGUCAGUUUAACGUCUGCAAACCAGCUGCUCCCUCAAAGAGAUUCACGCCCACGCCAUCAGUUAAACGAACAAUGAGAAGAUGUGCUAACACAGAAAACGACACCUUUGUUGUUUGGGAGAUGUUCCCAGGAAAUGAUGGAGCGCUGUCUGACAGCGGAGGGGAAGAGGAUUUUUACUUCUCAGACAAUGACUGAUUGGAUCUGAAAUGUCAUGUCAUUGAAAAUAAAAAAAAAAAGAUCUAAUUAUUCACAAAUUAAAAUCAGUGGAGCUGAGGAGAGAUGUGACUCUUUGCUUAAUUCAUCAAAUGUAAACAAUAAAACAGCUGAAAAUUUGCUCCCCGGCCUUUUAUGCCAGCUUUUAAACAAACCCUGCGAUAGAAUGUAUAAAAAUGCAAAGACAUUUUUUGUUUUGAGACAACGUGGCCUUUUCUAAUUAAUGAAUUCUUAAAAAUUGUUUUACAAAUAUAAACAUCUGAUGCUGUCAUAAAAAGAUUCGUGCUUCUGUUUUCCAGUAUGUACCUGUAAAUAUAGUUUUUGUUUCAAGUCUUAGCUCCAAGAGUCAGUUGUAACUAUUCUUUUAAUAAACAUUCUUUAAUUCUUAGUUAUGGUUUAUUUGUGUACAUGACAUGUUUAGAGAGUAAAGAGAUCUAUGGAAAUAGUUGAUCUGAAGGAUGUAUGGAGGUUAAAGGAUGUAAAAAAGAAAAUCCA